CCCCCUACGCCCUGCCCCUGUCCCUUACCCCACAACGUCAACACCUCCUUCACCCGUCUCCUGGGCCACAUCCUGUCUGCCUCCUCCUCCUUGGACCUGUGUGUGUUCGCCUUCACCAACCUGGAUCUGAGCCGGGCCGUGCUGGCCCUCCACACCAGGGGCAUCCCCAUCCGUAUCCUCACUGACAUGGACUACACCCUCAACGGCUCCCAGAUAGGGGCCAUCCGCAGAGCAGGCAUCUGUGUGAGGUGUGACUCCGGUGCCGUCCACAUGCAGCCACAGUUUUCCGUGGUGGACGGCCGGCGCCUAAUCACCGGCUCCCUGAACUGGAUGACAGCCAUCCAGAGCAACAAGGAGAACAUCCUGGUCACGGAGGAACCAGACCUAGUCCUGCCCUUCAUCACUGAGUUCCAGAGCUCUGGGAUGUCAAUGACCCGGCUAGGAGACCACAGGCCGUCCCAUCGCUGA